AUGACACUCCGUCUACUGGCAUCGAGCUUACUCGCUCUGAGCGCAACGCUGGCCAGCGCUAGCCCCGACGACGAACAGCAACCUCUUGCCGACUACCGUCGCAUAUGUCCCGAUUACACACGAUACGCUGCAUUUCCUCAUCGACCGUUUAGUGAAGGUCCCAAAGCGCUCCCAUUCCAAAGACCGAGCAAGCAAUGUCGGACGUUUCAGUCUGAUGCGAUCGAGAAGGUCAUUGAAGAUGUGACGUCGCGCAUGAAAGAUCCAGACCUGGCACGGUUGUUCGAAAACGCAUUCCCUUCGACGACAGAUACGACCGUCAAAUUUCACACCAAAGGAAAGACGGAUACUGGCUUCUUUCGCAUGGGAAGCUUUGGAGGAUUCCACGAUGAAGGAGCUUGGGAGGGACCGCAAUCGUUCAUCAUUACAGGUGACAUUAUCGCCGAAUGGCUGCGCGAUUCCACAAACCAGCUACGGCCUUACCAACCACUUGCUAAGAAGGACCCUGCCAUACAUACACUAUUGCUCGGCGCCAUUAACACCCAGGCUGAGUAUGUGAUUGAGUCUCCAUACUGCAACGCCUUCCAGCCACCACCUAUCAGCGAUCUUCCUGUCUCGUCUAAUGGACAAGAUGACAAUGUUCACCCCGCAUACGAGCCUCGGGCUGUCUUUGAGUGCAAAUACGAACUCGACUCUCUGGCGCAUUUUCUCGCUCUUGGCAACGAUUUCUACGACCAUACAGGCUCGACAGACUUCGUGAACAAGAGAUGGCUACGAGCUGUUGACACGCUUCUAAAUGUACUCACUGAGCAAUCCAAGUCGACAUUUGAUCCGAAAACUGGUGAAUUUCAGCGCAAUGAGUACACAUUCUCACGUCGUACUGACACGGGAACCGAAACGCUCAACUUAAGGGGUAUCGGCAACCCCUUGAACUGGGGUACAGGGCUUGUUCGCUCAGCUUUCAGGCCUAGCGAUGAUGCUACCAUCUUGGGCUUCUUCAUACCCGCCAACGCACAAAUGUCUGUCGAGCUGAAGCGAGCAUCCAAACUUUUAUCUGCAGCUGGCAAGACAACGCUAUCUGAAAAACUGGAGACGUGGAGCACAAAGCUUCGUGAAGGUGUUAUGGAGCAUGGUGUAAUCAAGCACAAGAAGUACGGAGAUGUCUUCGCUUAUGAGGUUGAUGGUUACGGUUCGUCGAUAUUGAUGGACGAUGCGAACUAUCCUUCACUUCUGGCGCUUCCUCUUAUGGGAUUCUGCGAAGCCAGCGAUCCAAUUUAUCAAAACACCAGAAAAAUGCUGUUGGAGAAGGGCGGGAACCCAUAUUAUCUCGAAGGAAAGGGCUUCAAGGGUAUUGGAGGACCUCAUAUUGGACUUCGCAAUGCCUGGCCGAUGAGUCUUCUAGUGCAAGCUAGAACUUCGGACAACGACGAAGAGAUCAAGGAAUGCAUUGAUCUUGUCCUCAACUCUGCAAAGUUGGGCUUGGUUCAUGAGAGUAUAGAUGUGGAGCAUAUUAGCCAGUACACUAGGGGCUGGUUUGCAUGGGCUAACGGUGUAUUUGCUUCUACGAUUCUUGAUCUGGCGAAAAGGAAACCACAUUUAAUUUUUGGCGAGGGUGCUACGGCGUAUGAGAUCUGA